GCUUUGAAUGCGAUUCGCGAGGCUCUUGGCGACGUUAGAGUCAAAACAGGACACAGGCUGGCGUUAGAAGAACGAGCGAAAAAGAUAUGCCAAUUAAAACGAAAUUCAAGUUUGAAGAAAUAUCUGACAGAGAUCAAGUGUACUGAAUUGAGGGAACCAAAUGUCGUAAGUAAUAGUCGGACGAAAUACUAAACUAACUUUAUGUAAAAUGGCUGUAUACGAUUCUGUCGCUUCAAAAUUCUAUGGAUGUGUGUGAGGCUAUCCUUAUUGAUACAAAGAUACUACAGAAUGAAACGUAAACUAGAGUAACUGUAUUUAUACUGGCAAAGGCAAUCUCUUUAUUUUCCAGUGUUACUCCAGGAAAAAACUUAUAAGUAGCUUUCGAAAAGCCGAAGUGUUUAGUAGAGUCAAACUGGAAGCAUUAUUCUCUCAUGCGACUGUGGUGGAAUAAUAAGCAAAUAUUACAAGAAUUGAAAUCAGCUCACACAGGGAAGCACAUCCACUAAUCACUAACCUUAAACGUUUUGUUAUUUUACACUAUCCAGGAAACAAUAUCUGCGAAACGUCUGGAACUCCAGCCUGUGUUUGUAUUGAGAGAAGUUAACACAGACGGAAGUAACGACAACGAAGUACUCAACUAUUGCGGUGUGGAAGAAAUGGCUUUAAGAUAUUACAGAAAGCAAGGAUAUAAUGAAGGAAUUCAUGGAGAGGGAUUGACAUUUACUAUGUUAUUUACUUUACUCAUGUGGGACGUGAUAUUUUGUGACAGUGUCCCCGAUGUGUUCAGAACGCCAUUUCAGGUAGGAACUUUGUACAUUGGUCAGAUUUAAACUGUUUUCCGUAGAGGUCCAGUAAGAUUAAUGUACAUAUGUUACUGCAGGAGAAGACCUAAACUUAACUACAACGUUAGUUAUAGUCAAUGUCUUUUAUUAGAGAGAAACGUUUCUUCAUUUUGUUAUUUUUAGGCAUCUCCACUCGAUAUCUACAGCGAGAAUUUUUAUGCCAACCGGAAGAAAUUAAUUGAUGAACGUCUUAAUGAGAUUGAAAAUGCAUCGGUUGAGGUAUUUUACUUUGUUUAACUUAGUUUAUUACUGGAUAGCUCUAUCAGUUCCGAACUGUUCUCCCUAUAGACAAGAAAUCCAGUAAAGGGUCAUCUCUUAUUGAUCCAGUGUUAAUACAGGAGGAAACCUAAACUAAACUAACUUUAUUUAUACUGGAUAGCUCUAUCAGUUCUAAACUGUUCUUCCUAGAGGUCCAGUAAGGAUUAUCUCUUAUUGAUCCAGUGUUACUACAGGAGGAAACCUAAACUAAAAUAACUUUAUUUAUACUGGAUAGCUCUAUCAGUUCUAAACUGUUCUUCCUUGAGGUCCAGUAAGGAUCAUCUCUUAUUGAUGCAGUGUUACUACAGGAGGAAACCUAAACUAAAUACUGAAUAGCUCUAUCGGUUCUCAAUUGUUCUCCAUAGAGGUUCAGAAUGUUUCAUGCUUCAUUCGCUGUUACUACAGGAGGAAACAGAAGUACUUCGAAAAAUCCUGUGGUCAAAUUGGAUGUGUUCAUUUCACUUACUUUUCCAACUGACAAAAUAACUAAUUUCUUAUUUUUCCUAGAAACUCACAGAGUGGAUUGAAGCAAAGUGGAAAGAGCAAGAAGGAAAAACAUGCGUUGGCAUCAAAUGGGAAUUGUUUUCUGGCGUCCGACAAAUCACCGUUAGUAUGAUACUUACAGUUUACCAUUCAAAUGUUCACCAUCAUUUAAGUUGAAUGUUUAUGCUGAACAUAUUCAACGUCAUAAACAUCUAAGUUGAAUGUUUAUGCCGAACAUAUUCAACGACAUAAACAUCUAAGUUGAAUGUUUAUGCCGAACAUUAUUUCUCAGUCUGAUAACUGCAGGUUGACCCCCCAUCAACAGUGCUUACUGAAGUCCAUUGUCUUAUAUUUGUAGGGGUUGGCUCGGUGUUUGGGGAGUAAGGUUAUUGCUGGAAUUUGCGAGAAAUUCGCGAAAGAUUAUCGACACACGCGUUCUGGUCUGCCCGAUUUGGUGGUCUGGAACUGCACAGAUUUGAAAUACAAGGUAAACUAAACUAACUUUAAUAGACAGUCGAGCUAUAAUGAAUAGCUCUAUCAGUUCCAAACUAUUCUUCCUAGAGGUCCAGUAAGCAUCAUCUCUUAUUAAUCCAGUGUUACUACAGGAGGAAACCUAGACUAACUUUAUUUAUACUGGAUAGCUCUAUCAGUUCUAAACUGUUCUCCCUAUAGAGACCCAGUAAGGAUCAUCUCUUAUUGAUCCAGUGUUACUACAGGAGGAAACCUAAACUACACUAACUUUAUUUAUUCUGGAUAGCUCUAUCAGAUCUUAAACUAUUCUCCCUAGAGGUCCAGUGAGGAUCAUCUUUUAUUGCUCCAGUGUUAAUACAGGAGGGAACCUAAACUAAACUUGGUUUAAACUGGAUAACUCUAUCAGUUCUGAACUCUUUGUCUAUUACUGAUCAUCUAUUAUUGAUCCAGAGUUUGCUAAAGUGCAUUUUAAGCAGCACGACGCUUUGUUUUAUUACAGAUUGUUGAGGUAAAGGGUCCUAAUGAUAAACUAUCCACUAAACAGCAAGUCUGGUUGGAUGUCCUUGUUCGACUAGGAGCAGAUACAGAGGUGCUCUACGUCAAAGGUAGGAACUGUAUUUAUAAUUUCAUAGUCUAUCAAGAUAGGAUGGUCUGGAAACUAAAUGUAGAUUGAGCUCAUUGUAUCUUCGCAUAAUGAAGUAAUCGUCCAAUAGGGAUAGCUGAGAUGAAACAUGAGACCUUGUUGAAAAAUAUUGAAUGAAGUUGAGACAAAGGGUUUGUGCAGGGUGAGGUUUAGUUGAACAUGAAACAAAGCUCUUCUAUUUUGUAGCUUUGAAGUUUGCCAGUCUUCCUGACCAUCAUAUCUUGACAGACUUUGAUCAUUUGAACUAGAUGAAUUUGCACCUUGCAAAUAACCGAAUGCUUUCUAUUUUUAGCAAUUGGAGGAAGAAAUUUGUAA